CAAAGUACUGAAUUUAAUUUCGUAGGUUAAGUUUCACUUUUAAAUCUGCAAUUAUUUAUUUCUCAGACUAUGUACAACACAUUUUACCUGCAUUAAAAAGAAUAUAAUCUUUAAGCAUAUAAUGGCUACAUCUUAUAUGAAAAUAUUGUGCUCGACUCUUAGUAGGUUAAGAGUUGACCAUAUUUCUAUAAGACAAAAUGCUUUUUAUAAACCUCCAAGAUAUCGACCUCCACAUUGGUUUGUACCAAAAGAGAGAGUGAUGAGUGAAGAUCUUCUUACCCAAGAAAAUAGAGAUUUUAUUGAAGAAAUAAUACAAGAUAAACGUAAUUCACAAAUUGCAUUAGAAUCCCCUUUAGCACAUGCAGAACAGCAAACAAAUGAGUGGAAUCCUUUUACACGAAGAGUGGGUUUAAUAGCGCGAAAAAUUGGUAACUAUCCACUAUGGUCAAAAGAAGGAAAGAAAUAUCAAACAACACUUUUGCAGGUAGUCGAUAAUCAUGUUAUAAAGUAUAUACCGCCAGAGCAAUUUAAUCCCAUGAAAACAGCAAAAGUACAGUGGAAAGAAAAGAAAACAUUAGGAUGUCUUUUAGUGGGGUCAGAAACUGUAGAUCCUAGCACAGUCACCAAAGAAUACUCUGGAAUAUUUAACAGUGUUGGAAUGUUGCCAAAGCGACAUUUAUUUAGAUUCAUGGUUUCACCACAUGCAAGUUUACCAACUGGCACACCUUUGUUUGCCACACAUUUUAGAGUUGGAGAUCAUAUUGAUGUUAGAGCUAAAACCAUCGACAGAGGAUUUCAAGGUGUAAUGAAAAGAUGGGGAUUUAGUGGUAUGCCUGCAUCUCAUGGUGUUACAAAAACACACAGGAGGCCAGGUAACAUAGGUGGGGGUGGAGAAAAGGCCAGGGUAUGGCCUGGUACUAAAAUGCCUGGUCACAUGGGUAACAGGUGGAGAACGUUAAGGGGUGUGAAAAUACUUCGUAUAAACACAAAAUAUAACAUACUUUGGACAUUAGGAGUGGGCAUUCCUGGGGAAACAGGAGCUGUAUGUUAUUUGUAUGAUACUGUAUUACCUCUGAAGAAACUUAAAACUGCACCACCAUUUCCUACCCACCCUGCCAGUGAUGAUCUACCAUUAGAAUACUAUGAUGAAACUAUACAUCCAUUUGAAGGAGAAACAAUCUUAUUUGAUGAAGUGUAGUUGAUUUAUUUAUAAUAAAGUAGAAA